GGGGCCGCCGCGCUCAUGUGACGCCGCGGAGGAGCCGCCGGUCCCGGUCCCGGUCCCGGUCCCGCCGCCGCCGCCAUGGUGCCGUCCCCGCUCGCCCUGCUCCUGGCGCUGGGCGCCGCCGCCACCGCCCUGGCCGAGCCCCUCCGCUUCGUCGACUGCGGUUCCAAAGACGGCAGCAUCCAGGAGGUGAACGUGAGCCCCUGCCCCACGCAGCCCUGCCUGCUCCAUAAGGGCACAUCCUACAGCAUCAACGUCACCUUCGCCAGCAAGAUUGAGAGCCAGGGCAGCAAAGCGAGGGUGUAUGGCGAGAUGCUGCAUGUGGACAUACCCUUUCCCAUUCCUGAGCCUGAUGGAUGCAAGUCUGGGAUCCAGUGCCCCAUUCAGAAGGGCCGUUCCUACAGCUACCUGAAUAAACUCCCAGUGAAGAACGAGUACCCCAGUAUUAAAUUGAUUGUGAAGUGGGAGCUGGUGGAUGACCAGGACCAGAUGUUGUUCUGCUGGAAGAUACCAGUGCAAAUCACCAGCUGAGGAUCCCUGCCAUUAGUGGGGCUUAGGGAGCGGGGAAAAACAAGUGAACACUGGCCAAAUUCUUUUAUAUAAUAAAGCAUUUCUUACUGCUUCCUUCAGAGCUCAGCAGCCUCUGAGCAGCUAGUGCUGUGUUCCUGCAAGGUCAGCUGUGGGCAGAGGGCUCUUAGCCUGUUUAAGAGCCCCCUGGGAUGUUCUCACAGCAGCUCAAGCGGGAGCAGGACUGACUGGGCAUCAUCCUCCAGCUGCUCUGCGGAGGCGAUUUAGUUAUUUGAAAUGGAGCUGUCUGUCCUCACAAAGGACUUCCUCUGCGAUGAACCUGGCUAGUGUCUGAGCUGCUACCUGGUAAUCCUUCAGUGCCUCUUCUAGAAUGCCAGCUGCAUACGCCCUCCUGCGCUUCUCCUGCUGCAUUGCGACCGGGACACCCCUGGCACCUGCGUUUGCUAUCCAGGCAGCUGAAGGAGAAGCAACAAGAGGAGGGUUUCCCAGAGCUGACAGCCUGCUCUGUCCUGGGCUCCUGCUCAAGCUGGCAAGACUGCAGCUGGGAAAACUUCUUUUUUUGUGGAUGCAAAGCCAAAUGGCGUUUGAUGUUUCUGCAGGGAUGAUUCUUUCUCUAACCAAUGGUUUGCUACUACUAACUCAGAGCUGCUGGGAUCUCCUGAACCUCUUUUUAUAACUUUUCUUUUAAUAAAGGCUAGACAAAAGCUG